AUGAUACAGCAGCUGCUGCUAAUACUUUUGCUGCUGCCGUACGGUAUCUGCAGGAGGCUGAAGACCAAAUGCCCAGUGAAUUUGAUAACGGAUAGAACAAGCUCAUUUAAUUAUUACAGGCCAGGAGACUACCUGAUCAGUGGGAUCACUUCUACAACAAACAUUGUCUUUCAACCAUAUGUUUUCUUCCAGCCUCCCUCUACCAGAUUUUUAGGUACAGAAGGCAUGAGCUACUGGUCCAUCCUUCCCUUCUUGUUCGCCAUUCGUGAAAUUAACCAGAACCCAAGGCUGUUGUCCAACAUCUCCCUGGGCUACAAUGUCUAUGAAAACUAUUUCAAUGCAAGAAUGACCAAUGACGCCAUUCUAGAUAUGCUGUCUACUGGGCAGCAACAUGCUCCAAACUACAGCUGUGGAAGGCAGAAGAACCUCUUGGCAGUUCUUGAAGGGGCCGACUCUGACAUCUCCAGCCAGAUUUCAACCUUCCUGGACAUUUUCAAAAUUCCACAGGUCAGUUACAGGUUUGUUGGACAUGUUCCUAAAGAUAAACGUCAGUUCCCCUUUUUUUACCGAAUGGCCCCCAAACAAGAACCUCCUUACAUGGGGAUUGUCAAACUGCUCCUGCAUUUCAAAUGGACGUGGAUCGGCCUCGUGGCUCCAGACAGUGACAGUGGAGAAAGGUUCAUGAGCACUUUCACACCCGUAGUCAUCAAGAAUGGUAUUUGCAUUGCCUUCUCAGGAAGCAUCCCAGUCCUGAACUGGGAAAAACGAAAAUUCAACUUAGUUUGGUAUUUUAUGGAUACCCAAGUCAAGGUAGUUGUUUAUCAAGUGGACUCUUUGACCAUGUUCAUUCUAGCAAUAUCAAUGCAACGAGUGGAAAAGUGGAAAAAAUCCACGGUGGGGAAAGUUUGGAUUGCCACAGCUUUGCAGGACCUCAGCGUGAGAUUCUUGUACAAAAUGGUUGAUCUCCAGCACACCCAUGUUUCUUUGUCUUUCUCAAUCCAGACAAGCAAACGGACACAAUAUGACAAUUUUGACUCAUUUUCCUUCGCUAUCACGCAGCUAGGGGAGAGAGCAUUUCGUUGUUUAUAUUCCAGGAAUGUGUUUUCUGGGAAACUCUGGGAAAGAUGCACAGAAAAAGAGCGUUUGGAGGAGAAUCUGCCCCAGAAUGAGAUUGAAAGGAUCCUGUCUCAAGACUCAUACAGUAUUUACAGUUCCAUCCAGGCUGUGGCUCAGACCUUACACGCUGCAUAUUCCCUCCGACCAAAUCAGAUGGGGAGGAUGGGUGGAGACAGGCUGGCAUUUCAAAGGCUACAGGCGUGGCAGCUUCAUUCUUUCCUGAAAAACUUCCAGCCUUACAAUACUUCUAUGGAUGGAGUCUAUAUGGAUAAGAAUGGGGACCUGGAAGCCAACUUCGAUAUUGUAAACUGGGUGGUUUUUCCCAACAAGUCCACUGCCGGAGUGAAUGUUGGGAGUGUAGAGAGUGAUGCCUCCUCAGAAAUAAAGUUCAGUAUUCAUCAAGAUGCCAUUAUGUGGUCCAGGUGGUUUAACCAGACCGUGCCUUUUUCCAGAUGUACUGAGAGUUGUCGCCUUGGAUAUGCCAAGAGGGUUAAGGAAGGAAAGCCGAGAUGUUGCUAUGAUUGUGUCCCAUGCGCAGAAGGCACAAUUUCCAUUCAGGAAGAUGCAGGCCAUUGCACCAAGUGUCCAGAUGAUCAGCAUCCAAACAAGGACCGAGAUCGGUGUGUUCCGAAGCUUAUCAACUUCCUCUGCUAUGAAGAAACCUUGGGGAUCAUCCUAGCUUUUCUUGCCCUUCUCUUGUCCUUAACCACUGGCCUUCUCUUAGGCAUCUUCAUUAAACACCGAGAAACUCCAGUGGUCAAAGCCAACAACCGUGACCUCACCUACUUGCUCCUCGUCUCCCUCCUGCUUUCCUUCUUGUCCUCCUUCCUCUUCAUCGGUCGGCCCCAGGAGGUGACCUGCCUUCUCCGACAAACGGCCUUCAGCUUCAUCUUCUCGGUUGCCGUCUCUUCUUUGUUGGCCAAAACUGUCAUGGUGGUGGUGGCAUUCCUGGCCACAAAGCCUGGGAACAGGAUGAGGAAAUGGCUGGGGAAGAGCUUGGCCAACUCCAUUGUGAUUUCUUGUUCCAGUGUGCAAGUGGGCAUCUGCAUGAUCUGGCUGGGAAUCUUUCCCCCAUUCCCGGACUCUGACAUGCAUUCCCAGCCUGGACAGAUCAUCCUGCAAUGUAAUGAAGGGUCUGUGGUCAUGUUUUAUAUCUCACUUGGCUACAUGGGCUUCCUGGCUGCCAUCUGUUUCACGGUGGCCUUCCUAGCCAGGAAGCUGCCCGGGGCAUUCAAUGAAGCCAAGCUGAUCACCUUCAGCAUGCUGGUGUUCUGCAGUGUUUGGGUGUCCUUUGUGCCGGCCUACCUGAGCACCAAAGGGAAAUACAUGGUAGCUGUGCAGGUCUUCUCCAUCUUGGCCUCCGGUCUGGGCUUACUGGGUUGCAUCUUCAUCCCCAAAUGCUACAUUAUCAUACUGAGGCCAGAUCUAAAUAAAAAGGAACAUUUACUGAUGAAACCGAAAGAUGGGAUCUAA